UAGUUAGAUGCCAAAGCCUCUACACCUGAAUGAAGAAACAAUAAGGGAAGCUUAGAGGAUGCCAUCACUUUUGGAAUUGUCUUUCUGUUUGAUUUUCCUCUCUUUCACGGAAAUAAUCAUAAGCCAUGGCAAAGAAAGUUGCUCAUCAUCUUGCGGCAGCCUCCAAAACAUCAGGUAUCCUUUCCACCUUAGAGGUGAUCCGAUUGAAUGUGGUAGUUCUGAUUUUGAACUCAACUGCGAAGGCAACAAUACAAUAUUAGAUAUCCAUCAAAGGAAGUAUUAUGUCAAAGAUAUAUCAUACCGUGAUUAUAAAAUCAUGCUUGUUGAUGUUGGUUUGUUUCACAACAACUGCGGUCUUCCAGGUGGAUCAAUAUAUCCAGGUGAUUCGGGUGAAACAUUUUGGUCCGAGCUCUAUUAUCAAGAUCAAGUUACAUUUAUUAGCUGCUCAGUAAAGCUCAAUCAAUCAAACUCAAAUAUUUUGUCUUGUCUCAGCAAGAACAACGCUACUAUCUAUGCGACAUUUAUUUCUUUUUAUGUUGGAUACUUCCCAGAAAAUUGUCAAUUUCUAUACACUAUUCCACUGAACGAAAAUGAUGGACUUACCAAGUUUGAUCAACUCAAACUAGGUUUUACGCUUAAUUGGCACCCUCCUAUUAAUUCAAUGAUAGAUGCCAUCCACAUUUGCGCUAAAACUGCAGGAUUUACAAAAUUUUUUGAGUGGGAAUCAUCAAAUGUUAUUAAUGGAGUAAAAGUCAUGACCACAUAUGGUGUGAUAAGACAUUUCCAUUUUGAAUUUGAUUUCUUGGCAUGUCUCCAUGACAAGCGGUACCGUCAGUUAAUAUUUACCUUCUAUGUAGCAGCAGUAGUUAUCAUAGUAUUGGACAUAACACUCCUAAUACUAGUGUUAUUAUUAAUCGGAAGAUUUCUAUUUGCACCAUUAUGUGUUCUUUCGUUCCUUGCAUACAACUUAUUCAAGCUUAUCAAGCCUAUUGAUGUCGUUGAGAGGUUUCUGCAAAACCAAAAAGCCCUCUCACCUUCAAGAUAUACAUACAAUGAGAUUAUCACAAUUACAAGCAAUUUCAAAGAGAAGCUAGGACAAGGAGGCUUUGGGUCCGUUUAUAAAGGAAGAAUCCCUGGCAAUAUUUUGGUAGCUGUAAAGAUGUUGGGGAAAUCCAUGGGUGAUGGAGAGGAUUUUAUUAAUGAAGUAUCAACUAUUGGUAUGAUUCAUCAUGUAAAUGUAGUUCAACUUGUGGGAUUUUGUGUUGAUGGAUCUUAUAGAGCUCUGGUUUAUGAGUACAUGGCUAAUGGAUCUCUUGAUAAAUACAUUUUUAAUUCAAACAAGGCAAAUAGAUUCCUCAACAUAGAGAAGCUUCUUGAGAUUGCCAAGUCUGUGGCCAAGGGACUUCAUUAUCUACAUCAAGGAUGUAAUAUGGGGAUUCUGCACUUUGACAUAAAGCCUCAUAAUAUCCUUUUGGAUCAUAAAUUUACACCAAAGAUCUCUGAUUUUGGCUUAGCAAAGUUGCACCCUAAGGGCCAUAGUCUUGUCUCAAUCAGUGCUGCUAGAGGAACAAUUGGAUACAUUGCGCCUGAAUUAAUAUCUAGAAGUUUUGGGACUAUAUCUCAUAAAUCAGAUGUAUAUAGCUUUGGCAUGCUUCUAAUGGACAUGGCUGGUGGGCGUAGGCAUGCUAACCUGAAAGCAGAUGAUUCUAGUCAAGUUUACUAUCCAUCAUGGAUUUAUGAUAAGCUACAAAAGAUGGAAAUGUCUAAAAACUUUGACAUUUCUGAGAUUGAUGAUUUAGAGAGGAAGCUAUGCAAGGUGGGUUUGAGCUGUAUUCAAACACGGCCUAUAGAUCGCCCUUCCAUGAUUAAUGUUUUGGAAAUGCUAGAAGCUGAUGUGGAUUCCUUACAAAUGCCACCAAAGCCUUUCUUCUCUUCUUCAGAUCCAGUGUCUUCAAUAUACUUUUCUAUGGAUUACUCUGAAUCUGAAUUAUCAAUAAGUUUAUAGAACAUGUAAUACAUAAAAAA